UGCUGGACUGUUGCGGGCGCAAAGGCUGCCCAACUCGGACCACGCCGCUGCAGCUCACAGACGUCUGGAUUGGAACCCGCGGAUGCGCGCGGCGGUCUCCCCCCGAGUGGACCCGCUACUUCUCUGUCUGGAUGUUUUGAUUUGAGGGAGUUUGCCACCUUAAACAUUUCCACGGGGAUCUUCGGCAGGAUUUGGAAGCCAGUCACCGAUUUUUUGGGGGGGUGACCAUGCUGGGGGCGCUGGUGUGGAUCACCGGCGCGCUUCUGUGCCCGGUCCUGGGCUUUGGGGACGAAGUGGAGGAGAUGACCUGCGACCCGAUCCGGAUCAGCAUGUGCCAGGGUCUGGGUUAUAACGUCACCAAGAUGCCCAACCUGGUGGGCAACGUGCUGCAGUUGGACGCGGAGCUGCAGCUGACCACGUUCACACCGCUGAUCCAGUGCGGCUGCUCCAGCCAGCUCAAGUUCUUCCUGUGCUCUGUGUAUGUGCCCAUGUGCACGGACAAAGUUCCUAUUCCCAUCGGUCCAUGUGGCAGCAUGUGCCUGUCCGUCAAGAGAAAAUGUCUUCCAGUGCUGCAGGAGUUUGGCUUUAUCUGGCCCGAGGAGCUCAACUGCAGCCUUUUCCCGCCUCAGAACGACCACAACCACAUGUGCAUGGAGGGUCCUGCGGAUGAGGAGCCUCCCUACCAUCCGGUCCGCCUUCCGCCCCACCUGGAGGAGUGCCAGGCGCUGGGGACCGCCCCCGACCAGUACACCUGGCUGAAGCAGACCGACAGCUGCGCCUUCCAGUGCGGCUACGACAGUGGGCUCUACAGAAGAGGGGCCAAGGUCUUCACCGACGCCUGGAUGGCUGUUUGGGCUGUGCUCUGCUUCCUCUCGACCACUCUGACUGUCCUUACGUUUCUGUUGGACUCACAACGCUUCUCGUACCCGGAAAGGCCCAUCAUCUUCCUCUCCAUGUGCUGCAACCUGUACAGUGUUGCCUACCUGGUACGGAUGACCCUCGGAAGGGAACGUGUUUCCUGUGACCUGGAUUCCACAGCGGUUCCAAUUCUAGUACAGGAAGGGCUCAAGAGCACGGGCUGCGCCAUCGUCUUCCUCCUCCUUUAUUUCUUCGGCAUGGCUUCUUCAAUUUGGUGGGUGAUCCUGACCCUGACGUGGUUUCUGGCUGCUGGACUCAAAUGGGGCCACGAGGCAAUUGAAAUGCACAGUUCCUAUUUCCACAUCGCCGCCUGGGCGAUACCAGCUGUCAAAACCAUCGUCAUACUGAUCAUGAGGCUGGUGGACGCGGACGAUCUGACGGGACUCUGCUAUGUUGGCAACCAGCAGCAGGAGGCGCUCACAGGAUUUGUGGUUGCACCGUUGGCCACAUAUCUUCUCAUAGGCACCCUCUUCAUCUGCGCUGGACUGGUUGCCCUCUUCAAGAUCCGCUCCAAUCUCCAGAAAGAUGGCGCCAAGACAGACAAGCUCGAACGGUUGAUGGUGAAGAUCGGAGUGUUUUCGGUUCUCUAUACAGUUCCGGCUUCAACAGUCAUCGGCUGUUACCUCUACCAGCUUUCAAACUGGGCGGAGUUCCGGAGCACUACGCAAGACUCGUAUGUGGCAUCUGAAAUGCUACGGAUUUUUAUGUCCCUGCUGGUGGGCAUCACGUCAGGUAUGUGGAUUUGGUCGGCAAAGACGCUCCACACCUGGCAACGCUGCUCGGCCCGUCUGUUCAGGGACAGCAAGGCGGGUCGAGGCGGCAAGAGGGCGCCGGGACAAGGCUGGAUGAAGCCAGGGAAAGGAAAUGAGACAGUGGUAUGAGAAAUGAAGGAGCCAAGGAGCUGUCACUUUCCUUCCUUUAUCAAGAAGUGAAGAGAACAUAAGACAAGAGACGACGGUCCAUGUGACACGGAAACCCAGAGCGAGUUUCUCCACUGGAUGUAAAGGAACUUUCGAGUCCGGGAGCACGUCUCUACACCUCGACCGACUUCGUGCCUUUAGCAGGGGUCCGCGUUGCCCUGCAGGGUCUAGAAUUCAGUAGCAGUAGUAGCUUCUCUACCUCUGUCGGAUGGCUUUUGUCGGAAGAAACUGAGAAAGAAGGUCGGACCAGGGCACACGUACCACUCACUCAUUUGAUAUUCGAUUAAGCAUCAAACCAUGAAUUUUAACCUGGAAAAAGUUCAUUUCGUUUUUUUGCUGAAUCCACAAGAGUUUCUCAUGAGACCACUGGACUUGGUGAAAAGCCUUAUGGCACAUUGCACUCUGAUUUCCUCUCAUAGUCCCACUACUUUGAUUCACAGUCGGAUAUUAACAAAACAGGCUGAAGAGGUUGAGCUUGUCACCCUGAAACAGUUUUAUGUUUUGGGGAGUAUGUAACACUUACACUGGAGGGUCCUAAUGCAGAUAUUACACACAUAUAAGAUGAGGCUUCCCAAAGAAAAGAGCACCAUCAAAAUGGCCUUAAUUAUCAAAUGUGUUUACAAUUUUAAAAAUGUCUUCAAACCUGUGUAUACUAUUAAAACACAGGCGACUUUACCUGGAAUCAUGGGGCUGGAAUUAUGCACUGCUUUUACUGAAGUGCAGUGGCAUGAACUGAAAUCAAACCAUAGCUAAAUCUAUUGUUUACCUUGGUGCACAGUUCAGUUAGAGACAGUGUGCCUGUUUUAUAUUGACAAAAGAGAUGACUUCUGCAUCAGUAAAUUUGUGGAAUUGUUCUUCAUAUUUACAGCUGCCUUUUGCUCACCUUGAAUUCUCUGAGCAGGAAACACUAACAAAACACUCAUUCAUCUAGGAUGUAGACCAACACGCGGGGUGAAAACGGUCCAAAACAGCUGUCAUAGUUAUGAGCAAGCAACAGCUUCUGUUGGUUUUGAAAUAUGAAUAGUGUUCAUUGGCAACACUGCAGAACAUGGGUGUGAUGGUAAGCUUUCUCUUAACUGAUCACCAGCAGAAGGGAAAGAACCAUUUGGUUUUUAACUCCUUAUUCGUGUGUCUCUGCUUUUAAACAUGCAGCACUCUUUUUGCCUGACAAUCUAAAGAAGAGCUUUAGCCUUAGGCUCCUCCGGAGUGGCUCCCAGGCCCAACAGGCCGUCUGUCCAAACACUUUUACACUUAAGUUAAACAUGUAGAGCCAUUUUGGUGGCUCCAACUGGGCCAUGCGUUUUUUUUUUUACACUCGAAGAAAAGCUGAAAUCAAAUUAGGUUAAGCCGUGACCACCUUCUCCUGUGCUUUUGAGUUGAUCCACGUUUGGCUGCCGGCUCCGUCGUGACCACGCUGACGUCCCAUGACAUUUUAAACAAAGACUGUGCCUUGAAUUAUGCGUGCCACUGCCCAAAUAAGAACCACUGGCGAUAGACACGUCGGCGAUAGCCAGAGAUGAAUCAGUGUUGGGGACUGUGCACCAGCACUGAUGCGAGUCUGCGAGGUCUCGGUUCCUCUGUGUAGUUUGUGUUGUUGUUUUCAUACAUGUACUAUAAUAAGGAUGUUAAUUUAUAUAAAAUAAAAAUAAACUAAAAUAACAAAAGUUUGUUAUUUAAGAGACUUUUUGUAUUGAAAA